CAAGAGCCAACAGGUCCAGAAGCCAUUUCAAUCCACUGUCCAGUUGAUCAAAUCAUGAGAUACUUAUACCAUCCCAAGAUAACUUGGUCCAAACCAUGUCGCGCUACACAUGUACUAUGUCGAUCUACCUACCAAGAUGGGAAUAUCUAUUGCAGCAACCUGGAAGGAGCGGAUGGGCAUGGAUGGAGUCCGGCGGGUACUUUUGCUCUAAACUGUACGAAGAUGAUCGGACCAUUACCCUGAGCUACCUCCUUGCCGAGUUGUAAUCUUGAGAACAAUCAAUCCUAAUAUUGAGGCAUUGGAAUGCGGCGUGACUGAACGUAAUGACUUUGAUCCUGCACUUCGCGCUACCAUACGCCUUUCAUCUACACGAUGCUUACCUUCCUUCCAGCUCAGCAUGGCCGCCAACUGCCUUCCUAUGUGCUUGCCACCACUACACCAGGCAUUUCUACCACACCGACCGCUCCACCCAUCCAACAACCAACACUUCACACUACAACUUACAAUCUCAUCAAGCUUCCCAUAUUCAUUCGCUCACAGAACUCUGUCUACCCACAUCAUCAAAGCACUAAAAGUAUUCUUACCAGUGCUAACUACCUCCCCACCAUCACCAUGUCUUACACUGCCUCUGGCGAGGUUCCUUUCGAUGGCCACACGGAUGUAGACCAAGCCCCCAGCCAGCCAGCCCAUCCUCUGUCGCACACCGAAGACUCGAGUUCACCGCAGUUAACUCGGGCAUCCGAUUACAUCCCUAUCUGGCGCAGACGAUGCCAGGAGUACCAAGCAGAACAGCAGCAAUAUCUCAAUUGUUCAGACGAAGCGAAGCAAUCGGGCACACAUUUGUCCCCACAGAUUGGACCUAGGAGCAAUCAUGAGAACAUGCAACCAUCUCAGAGCGAGCGGAGUCAAGGGAACAUUCCGGCCAAGAAUGGAGAGAACACGAGUCAACAAGCGCAGCUUCCUCAAGUGCAACAACCUUUGACCGCUAGCGCUCUGCGAGCAAGUCAAGGCGAGGACUAUGGGCGCGGUCGACCUAACUAUCGUGGACGAAGACAUCACAUGAAGCCAGGCGGAGAUAGCACGCCAGGUCGGGAAUACCCUAACAACAAGCCUUCUGUCAUGAACAAUCUAAGAGGGAAAUUUAAAGCAAUUGUGACGCAUAGCCGUUCGAACUCAAGAGCACCCUUGGAGCGGAGCUUAGGAUACCAGCUCUAUCUCGAGGCCAAGAAGCACGGUGAACAGAGUUCCUGGAAACAUUAUCGACAGCAAUUACCGAAGGAGUGGGCAGACUGGGACGAACGCCGAUUGCUAGAGCAAUAUGCAAACUCGUUGGGCUGGCCCUAUACACCUGAAGUCUCCCUGCAGGAUGAUUCAUUCACGGACCUUUUCCUCGCCACGAGCUCUCACCAUUUGGCGCGGAUGGUACAAGGGUUCUUCGAGGCGUGCGACACGCUGACUGCACCUGAAGACUAUUCAUCCGUACGAACUAUGCACUUACUGGGGACAAUCAUCCGAUUCGAAAUGAUGAGAUCGAUGCAAUUCGCCAUUCCGACUUUGUCGCAUAUUUGCCGUACAGCGAAGGUGAACUCAUACAAAGUCGAUGCGCAGCAAAGGCAGUGGUGGAAGGCAGAGGCAAGCUUAGGCUUUGCACCGGGCAUGGGACCAGUGGUUGCUCAACUCGAUUUCGAGAAAGAAAAGUUUAAGAAUACGGCCAGGCGUGUAAGGGAGUUGUUGUCUAGUAUCGGUUGUGGCUGGGUGCAAGGGUAUCCAGACAACCCUUAUGGACUGGCAGCACCACCAUCGGAUUCUUUUCGUUCCCCCUUCUCAUGAUCAUUCAUUCCCAACAUCGCCCAUUACUGGUCCCCAAAGCGGUUUGGGGAUAAUCGGAAUGGUGCAUGACUGGAUCUGUUGGGUAGGGUUAGGUACCUAGGUGUAUGUGACUAGAUUGAGAGAGAACGAUGGGUUUUCUCAU